AUGACAGAAAAGGGCGCAAGCUCCGACAGACCUGCGUCUGCCAAGUCUAAGUCUGCGGACGCGGCCAAGGAUGUGCGCGCAAAGGACUCGCCCUCGUCUGCAGUCAAGUCCGAAACCACCGGCACGCAUUCUAGCCCAAAGAAGCGCCGCAAGCAUGCGUCUAUUGUCGCCGCUCGGGAGCCCACAAAGCGGCGUGGCGACCAGGAGAAUUCCGCUGCAGAUGAGGAGGGAUCGUCCAAUAAUGACCUAAUGCCUGUCUCCGGUCUCCAUCGCGGUGUCGAUGUACCCGAUGCUCCCCGUCAGCAACUUCUCUCCGAUGGUACGAUUGGAAUCGCGCCUUCGACGGUCCAGCCCGCCAGCAUUUCCACGCCGACCCAGGCCCUGGAUGGGCAGCAGAUGAUGCCAUACAAUGACUGGAUGAGUGGUGGACAAAAUCAAUUUCAGGACAUGCACUCCCUUCAUCCGUCCUACAUGUUCAAUGCACCCGAGGUGACCAACGAGUACAAUUUGCUAGGAGAUUUUCUCAGCAACAGUCUCCUCGAUGAUGGAGCUAUUUUUCCAAGUAAUGAGCUUCCGGGCACUUACUCCGACUCUACCCUGAUGAACUCAAUGAGUGGCUUGGGCAUGCCGAGCGGCCUGUCAGGCCCUUCGCAACUCGCACCCCCGUCACAUACCGCGCAAGGAGAGCCGAUUCAGCGACCAGUCUCUACCGUGGGGAAUGACAAGGCGCGCGAAACCUAUUACAUGACCGCCGCAGACCCGUCAGGAUCAGACCCGCCCGAGGAGCGCAUGAACAAACUGCUGAAGGCCAAGUAUGAUGCCGGACUGCUGAAGCCUUUCAAUUAUGUCAAAGGGUAUGCUCGACUCAAUCAAUACAUGGAAAAGAAUAUGCAGCAGAUAUCGCGGCAGAAGAUUCUUCGGCAGCUGGACAAAUUCCGGCCCAAGUUCCGCGAGAGAAUGCAGAGCCUCACGGAUAUCGAGCUGAUCCUCGUCGAGAUGUGGUUUGAGCGCAGUCUCAUGGAGUAUGACCGAGUCUUCGCCAGUAUGGCUAUUCCGGCUUGCUGUUGGCGGCGAACGGGCGAGAUCUUCCGUGGGAACAACGAGAUGGCGCAGCUGAUUGAUGUGCCGAUUGAAAGUCUUCGCGAUGGAAAACUUGCCAUCCAUGAGAUUAUUGUCGAAGACCAGCUGGUCAGCUAUUGGGAGAAAUUUGGCGCUAUCGCCUUUGACAAUACUCAGAAAGCUAUGCUGACCAGCUGCACGCUCAAGAAUCCUGAUGGGUCGGGCGAAGGCAUUCAAUGCUGCUUCUCGUUCACCAUUCGCCGUGAUAACCAUAACAUCCCAUCUUUGAUCAUUGGAAAUUUCCUUCCCACUCAACGGAUACAUAAGUAG